GACGGGAUCAAGAACACAGGUUUCUUUGAUACUCAGCCCAGAGGGACGGCAGGAGGAGCCUGGAGACCCGUUCUUCACUUGGUCAUCCUCAUCUCAGUCCAUGAUGGCAUGGUCUCCAGUGCUCUUUGCCAUUGUCAUCUUGUCUAUUUUUUCAGAGCCUAGCAGGGCUGAUCGAGCCAUGCCCAAGCUGGCUGACCGGAAGCUGUGUGCGGAUGAGGAAUGCAGCCAUCCUAUCUCCAUGGCUGUGGCCCUUCAGGACUACGUGGCCCCUGAUUGCCGCUUCUUGACUAUAUACAGGGGCCAAGUGGUGUAUGUCUUCUCCAAGUUAAAGGGCCGUGGGCGACUCUUCUGGGGAGGCAGUGUUCAGGGAGAUUACUAUGGAGACCUGGCAGCCCGCCUGGGCUAUUUCCCAAGUAGCAUUGUCCGGGAGGACCUGACUCUGAAACCUGGCAAAAUUGAUAUGAAGACAGAUAAAUGGGAUUUCUACUGCCAGUAAGCUCAGCUAACCGUAUCCCCGCAGCUACCCUUCCGACUCUGCAAAUACAGCAGCUGCCAACUGCAAACUGUUUUGUCUCUGAUUUUUGAGGUUGGGUG